CACAACACCGAAAUUGAUAAUAAACCAAGACCCCACCGCAGUUGAAUCGACUCUUUGAAGAGAUGGCGGAGUAGGGAUAUGAUUGGCCACCCAGUCGCCUGAGCUGGUGCAGGUGGUAUCUAAACUGGUCUCAGCCAUUGAUCGUUCUGGAAUGGUUUCAGGGACAGGACAACAGUAGGCAAUGCAUUGCCAGUGGUGUGAAAGCUCCCAUCACACUGUGGAGGAAUGUCAGGCAUUGAGGGAGUCGACUAAUCCCCAGGAGAAGGUGGAUUUCAUCGAAAAUGCCAGGCGUUUCGACCCCUACAGCAACACUUAUAACGAGGGGUGGCGCCAUCAUCCCAACUUCUCCUGGAAUGGACCUAACCCUCGACCACCAGUCUCCCAUGGACCACCAGGCUUCAGAGUGAUCCGGUGGCCGAUUUGCGCAAUCUGGUGGGUUCUCUGGCCACUUCCAGUGCUAAUAAGUUCAGUAAUAUCGAGCAGUUCAUGGAGAAAGCCUCUGGUAAAUUUCUGGAGCUUGAGGCUGGCCAGAGAAACACAUAGGCUGUAUUGCAGGAUAUCUAGACCCAGCUUGGGAGUGUAGCACAGGCUGUAGCACAGAGGACUCCUGGUAUUUUACCCGGUCAGACCAUUCCUCAUCUGCAGGACCCAAAUGAGCACUGCAAGGCCAUUACUACCAGGAGUGGCAAUGUGACUGCUAAUCCACCUGUCCGGGCACGACAAGAGAGAGAGAGACCCCUGUUUCAGCACUUCCAGCUAAUGAAGAAGAAUUGGAGAAGGAGGUUGAGGUGCCUACUCCUGAGCCGCAACCAGUGGUGAAGGAGUAUGUCCCUUAGUUCCCCUUUCCUACUCGGUUGCACAAGGACCGACUGAGACUGAGUUUGCCAAAUUAAUGGCAAUGCUGAAGCAGGUAAACAUCAGUGGGUAACUCCCAAGUGAUGCUCAACGAGGAGGGUUCUGCCAUCCUGCAGAACAAGCUACCAGAGAAGGCAUAGUAGUAGAGUCGUUUGUGGAUGGAUGGAGGAUUUCAAUAGAUCAUUCAGAGGCCUCUACCGAAGGAGUUACCCACUAGCAGGAGGACCUAGCAUGUAGACGAUGGAGUUUAAGGAAGCCAUUUGUAUUUCUUUUUGUUUUAGACUAUUUCAAGUCUCUUCAAGACAAUUUUGGAUGACUAGCUACAUUUAAGUCUCUUAAAGACAAUUAAUAACUUUAUUCAUCCCCUACAAGCAUGAUCACUUAUCAUCUUACUUUGAAUCAUUGAGUCUAGUUAUCAUCACUUGAUAUAUAGUGAGGCUAGUGUACUGACUAUGAAGGAUGUGAUAGUCAAUGAGAUAUAAUGAAUGACCAAUUGAUGUAUUUGAAUAUCAUAUUUUAUGAUCUGUUUAAAGAUUCUGAUUGUGCUAAAAGAGUCUCUUGUUUUCAAAAUAUUUCAUAAGGGUGAAUUGUAUCUUUAGAAAAAUGCAUAAAAUUUCUACCCAUCAAGACAUUAUACUAAAAUUUGCCAUGGUUUGUUGAGAAAUAAAGUGUGGGGUAAGCCCAACGUGUGAGGCAUCUUUCAUUGCACUUCAAACGGGUUUUGGAUGAGAUACAAAUUGAGCUUUGGCAGGAUAGUCCUACGAGGUGAUGCUAGUUCCUCUCUAGUGUAAGUAAAAUUUUCACCUGUUGAAUUGAUUGCCAACUUGACGAUGUGUUCUUAAGGGCGUGAAUAUAGCAUCCGACACCCCUUAAUUUCAUUGACCCUCCACACGAGUUGAGGUAAAGGAAUUCUAAGCUCUUGCUUGACUAAUCAUGAUAAAGUUCAAAAAGAGCUCUCCACCAGGAGAAAAAUCAGGAAAGGAAAAAAAUAGUUGGUUGCAAGAGAAGAAAAUUCGAAAAAUCCUAAAAAGAGGUUGAGUUUGAAUAAGGAAAAGUGCUUUAAAGAUAUGUCAAGUUUAUGGUAGAAAGCAUUCAAAGUUUAAAUCUUUAUCAAAAGCUUCACCCUGACGUAUAAAGACUCUGACGCAUG